CAAGUCAGGCGGUCACCUUUUUAGUUCGAAGAACAUUUUUUUUGUAAUAUAAGCGGUAGAAUUAAUGUGUACCGUUCUCCAUUGCCAGAAGAUAUAUCAUACUGUAGCGAUUUGUAUAGUAUGUAUAAAUUGUGAAAAAAAUGCGAAUGGACAGUUAGCACACUAAUGGAACGUGACUGAGGGGCACUGACGUCUGUAGAAAUUCCGUCCAUUCAGCGCACACUACAGUGCGCGUGACGCCCCUAGGCGUGGCCAGUGAAUAAUCCUGUUUCUAAAGCGGAGUCUGUUAACGUUGGACGUGUAGUUGCUAACGCCGUGACGGAAUAUUUUCCAUUUAAUAUGAAGAGGAGCACCAAGAUAUCUACAUUACGGAUAUAAAAAAAAACAUCCCCGCAAUCGUGUCUUCGUGAUCGGGUGGAGCCGUAGAGUAAAUCGUCAGCCGGUAGGGUUGAAAGCAUUGUUGCGAAAAGGAAACAGUAAUUCAGAGUAAACGGUCAGAAAUACUGCGUAGGGUCUGAGCUGAACUACAGUCAUUAGUAACGGUAUUUUUAGGAGAUUUUCCAUAUCUCGCAUUUGAGUUUUUUUUAUUCGACAAAGCAAGUUAUACAACGAUCGUUUUUGUGCGCCGCCCAGGCCCUAAAACCCGCCGUGUAUUGGUCUUAAAGGGAAUCACUCUGUUCACGUGUCCAAAUGUUGCAGCUCUCCGCAUACAAAAGCUUCAACACGAUGGAGAAAGUCCUUCUGGAGCAGGGUUAAGUUCAACAUUUUCGACCGGGGGCGUAAUAAUAGACGAGACACCUGUGAAUUAUUGCAGGGAUUUUGGUGGCUGAGUUGUAUUGUUCUUGUUAGACAGAGGUCAGAAGUUGCCACAUAGGAGACUAGUUGACUGUACACCCUAGAAGGAAUAGUUGCAGUAAGUAAUGGUAGUAAACACGAUCCACUGGUUCAGGAAGGGCUUACGGCUCCACGACAAUCCUUCACUCAGAGAAUCCAUCCAGGGCGCGGACACCGUGCGCUGCGUUUACAUCCUAGAUCCGUGGUUUGCGGGGUCAUCCAACGUUGGCAUCAACAGGUGGAGGUUUUUACUGCAGUGUCUAGAGGACCUGGACACCAGCCUCCGUAAGCUCAACUCACGCCUGUUUGUCAUCCGGGGCCAGCCGACUGAUGUCUUCCCCAGGCUGUUUAAGGAAUGGAACAUUAGCCGCCUGUCGUACGAAUACGACUCGGAGCCGUUUGGGAAGGAGCGCGACGCGGCCAUCAGGAAGCUCGCCAGCGAGGCUGGAGUGGAGGUCACUGUGCGGAUCUCACACACGCUCUACGAUUUGGAUAAGAUCAUCGAGCUGAAUGGAGGGCAGUCGCCCCUGACCUACAAGCGCUUUCAGAGCCUGAUCAGUUGCAUGGAGGCGGUGGAGACUCCAGCGGAGCCCAUCACGGCCGACGUUGUGGCCAAGUGCGCCACGCCCGUGUCAGACGACCAUGACGACAAGUUUGGGGUGCCUUCCCUGGAGGAGCUUGGCUUUAACACGGAGGGUCUCUCCACGGCCGUGUGGCCAGGAGGGGAGACUGAGGCACUCACUCGGCUGGAGAGGCAUCUAGAGAGAAAGGCUUGGGUGGCCAACUUUGAGAGGCCUCGGAUGAAUGCCAACUCCCUGCUGGCCAGCCCCACCGGCCUCAGCCCCUACCUCCGCUUCGGCUGUCUCUCCUGUCGCCUCUUCUACUUCAAGCUGACUGACCUCUACAAGAAGGUGAAGAAGAACAGUUCCCCCCCACUGUCUCUCUACGGCCAACUGCUGUGGCGUGAGUUCUUCUAUGCCGCUGCCACCAACAACCCGCGCUUCGACAAGAUGGAGGGAAACCCCAUCUGCGUGCAGAUUCCUUGGGACCGCAACCCCGAGGCCCUGGCCAAGUGGGCUGAGGGGCGCACCGGCUUCCCCUGGAUCGAUGCCAUUAUGACCCAGCUGCGUCAGGAGGGCUGGAUUCACCACCUGGCCCGGCACGCUGUGGCCUGCUUCCUGACCCGGGGGGACCUGUGGAUCAGCUGGGAAGAGGGCAUGAAGGUGUUCGAGGAGCUGCUGCUGGAUGCCGACUGGAGCGUGAACGCGGGAAGCUGGAUGUGGCUCUCCUGCAGCUCCUUCUUUCAGCAGUUCUUCCACUGCUACUGCCCCGUGGGCUUCGGCCGCCGCACUGACCCCAACGGUGACUACAUCAGACGCUACCUGCCAGUCCUGAGAGGCUUCCCUGCAAAGUACAUCUACGACCCCUGGAAUGCCCCUGAGGGCGUGCAGAAGAUGGCCAAGUGCAUCAUUGGCGUGCACUACCCCAAACCCAUGGUGCAUCACGCGGAGGCCAGCCGGCUCAACAUUGAGCGCAUGAAGCAGAUUUACCAGCAGCUGUCCUGCUACCGUGGCCUGGGGCUCCUGGCGACGGUUCCCUCCACUCCCAGUGGUGGCAACGAUGAGGCCGGUGCUGCCAUGGGGUUUCCCCUCCGCGAGGGAGCUCAGGACAGCGCUGCUCAUGCCGGGUACCAGGUGCCUGUAAACCCUGCAGGAGACUGGUGUGCUGGCAUGCUACCGCCCCCCCAGGGAGAUAACAAGCCGGGCAGCAGCAGCAUGGCGCAGCAAAAUGUUCCUGCAGGACUCAGCAUGUGUUACAAUCAGGAGCGUCCACAAUCACAGACGGCCGGGUCGCAGCCCGGUGAGGAUCUCCGCCCAUUCCAUAUUAGUCCCUGUAUUGUUACCAGCAAUAUUAAGUGAUUCUUCUGUGACCCCCCCC